CGCGCAAUCCGAAUACGCUGGUAAAAUCAAAUCAAAUGCUAUUCGUGUAGGAAAAAACCAUCGGUCCCGAUUAAUCAAAAAUGGCAUCGUUCGUGGGAUUAUUUUGUUUCAUAUUAGUGGCCUGUGGCCCUAGUGUGAUUUCGGCGCAGGCUAUUAUCGCUGGCCAAGCCGACAGGCUUCUCAGUCAAGUUAAUACCAUGGUUGAAACAGUCAAUCACGACGCCGCGACGUACAAAACUGAGCUGCAAGGACUUUUCGACGAGUUGAGCGAAACUACCGCGUCAAAUUUGGAAACGAUUGACGGCGCCGUGAAGGAAUUCAAUGAUAACUUCGAGGCGGCGCUAGCAUCGCUUGUGCAUACCGUACAUCCUUCCGAAGACGUGAAUUCGUGCACCAGUCUGGCCGAUCCACUGAGGUUAAGAUCGGACGCAAUUCUGGAGGAAUCGGAUUCUUGCAUGAAAAGAGAAGUGACGCAGGCUUCGGCAGAGAAGGCGAUCACCGAGGUCUACGUUAACUCGCAGCUGAGCACUCUCGACUACAUGCAGUCAAUGGCUCAAAACUGCAUGACGUCAUACGAGAAUAGCGAGCAAACGACUUCCGACGCGUCUCAAGCCUUCGCUUGCGUUCAGAUUAUUCACAUGUCGGUCAGCAGCCUGGUCGUCAGGUUCGAAUUGGUCAUCGACAUCGCAGUUUCCAGAUCCCUGUACGACGGCUACCAAAGCCGAGUGGCGGCUUGCGCAAAUACGGCCAGCAGCGGAAUUACAGCUUUGAUUGCCGAUUCGGGAAUCGUUUAUGAGAAUAUUGAUGCUUGCCUCAGAGCCUGAGCUUUUUUCAUUCAGGAUAAGAAAGUGCGGUUAUUAUUUUGUGUUCGCCUUAUCAAUAAAAGCGUGAAAAACAGAACUUGAAAAAUAAAACAAAAAUCGUACCACAAAA